GGCCCCUCCCCGCCCCUCGCUCGCCCACUCGCCCGCUCGCCCACUCACCCGAGGCCAGAGCCGGCCAUGGCCCUGGGAGGAGGAGGAGGAGGAGGAGGAGGAGAGGCAGCGGGAGGCGAGGGCGCCCCGGCCUCCGACGGCGACUCGGGCUCGUCCCUGGCGGGCUUCUGGCCGGCCUGGGUGGUAGCCUUGGUGGCGGCCCUGCUGGCCUGGCUCUGGUACGGCCGCGGGGCCCAGAAGGAGAAGAAGGACAAGGGCGAGAAGGAAGCCCAAGCCACGGGCGGAGGAGCUCCUCUGUGUGGAAAGGCCCCGCAGGAAGAACCAAAUCAGAGAAACUAUGAAACAAAGCAAACAGAUGUUUCCAGUCUGCAAGACCUAGUGGAAAACCAGUUUUCUUCUUCGGAUCAUUGUGCCCUUAAUGUCCCUAACAACUCUCCUGAAACAGAGCCAUUGGUCAAGGAGUCCACAAUCCCCUUAAUGAACUACAAGGAAUAUUUGAGAGCUACAACACCAUCUGAACCAGCGCUAAACCAAGAGUCUGAAAAGCAUGGUGGAGGCCCCUCUAGCGAAAAGUGCGAGGAGAAGUGCAAGGAGAAGCUGCAGCACUCUGUUGACGAGGAAUGGGAAAUUGUCCCUGAGCACUCAGGAUGCGACAGUACUACAAGGAAGAGCAGUGUGGACGACGCUAGCAGCAAGGACACGGAUCCCAGCAAGAGGGUUGCCGCAGUGUCUCCAAUGCCUCAGACUGUCCAUGUGACUUUCCGCGUCCAUUAUGUCACUCACUCGGAAACUCAGUUGCUUGCCAUCACAGGUGACCACGAAUGUCUAGGCCAGUGGCAGCAUUAUGUCCCCCUCAGGUGUGACAAGGAUUGGUUUUGGUCAGACUCUGUUGUCGUACCUGUUGAUACCCGAAUUGAGUGGAAGUUCAUAGUAGUGGAGAAUGGGAAAGUGAGAAGGUGGGAAGAAUGUGACAAUCGAACCCUUACAACUGAACAUGUGGAUCGAGUGGCCCAUCUGUGGUGGGGAUAUCAUUGAAUGAGAGCUCUGGCCAAGCAGAGAUUCUGGUUCUAUUCCAUUUCUUCAUAGGAGUUCACGCACACGCCCUUUUGCUUACUUUAGCACCUCUGCUGCAUGUUUUGCCAGCAUUGCCUUAGAUUUAAGCCUCUCUCCUUCUAGUGCAGGCUUUAAGAUAUGAGGAUACUCUUCAAAUAAAUCAGACCAAAGCCUUCCUAGUGGAAGAGAAAUCCUUAGGGCUUUCUAGUGGGUAGUCUUUUAACACAUUUUCAUCACUGAAAGCUUUAAACUUUUGAUUGUAUUGUGGGAAGAGACAAGCUCAGGGACAGUGGACAAAAGAACGGGCGAAGUGUAAUUAAAUUACACUAUAACUAUCUGUUAUAAUGUUCUUAACUUAUUGUGAUUCCACAAGAAAGCAAUAAAGAUGAUUUUUAGACUGG